AUGCGAUUCUCUACCGUCACCGCCUGCCUGACUGCCUGCUUGGCGCCAGCGGCGGCUCUGAGCGUUCUCAAUGGCAAGGCUCCCGAACUCACCAUCAGCGACGACCUCAAGAUUCCUGGCGAUUCCCCUCUCGAAUUUUGCCCCGGAGACCACGCAGCCGAUCUUAUCAAGAUCGACCGGGUUGAUUUGGCUCCUAACCCUCCCAAGGCUGGCCAGGAACUCUUGAUCAAGGCCAAGGGAUCAGUCAAGCAGAAGAUUGAAGAGGGCGCUUACGUUCUCUUGACUGUCAAGUAUGGUCUCAUCCGCCUCAUCAGCACCAAGGCCGAUCUCUGCGAGCAGAUUGGCAACGUCGACCUCAAGUGUCCCGUCGAAAAGGGCGAGGUCGAGGUCGUUAAGACUGUAGACCUUCCUGCCGAGAUCCCCCCUGGCAAGUACACUGUGCUGGCCGAUGUUUUCACUGCCGACGAUGUACAGAUUACAUGUUUGACGGCAACUGUCGCCUUCUCUCGUAGCAGCAAGGGUUUCUUUGGCAGCGAUCUGUGA